UAUCAGGGAUCAUUGUGAGUCUGCGCGGAUAACCGCUCAGCAGCGGAGUGCUACAACACAAUAUAGAGAGCUGCGAGUUAUAUCCAGACCGCAUCCUUUACUUCAAACCUUUGCUUUUCUAUGUAUGUAUGCGCUUUCUUUUGCAUUCAUUGCCUUAAUUAGACGUGUGUAAGAGCGGUAACCGCUCCCUCGUUUAUGCCAGAGAGAGAGAGAGAGAGAGAGAGAGAGAGAGAGAGACUACUUGUCCGUAGAAGUUUUUCGGGGCGUCUUGAGGGAAUGUUUGUGCACCACCGCGCGCCGCAGCAGUUAGAACGCCUGUGACUGACAGCGCGAGACACUCUGCAUUCUGCAUCGUGGAACGAUCUGAUGAUGAUUUGAUGAACUGCAGCAGUUUUCCAGUGAACCUGUUUAUCAACCAGCACUUUGUUGUUCCCCUCUGCCGCUGAUCGACGGAUAUAAUAGCAUCAGUGCUCCAAACAAAAUGGCUUCCACAGUGAGAAAAUGUCAGCACCUGUUUUUAGCAGUCAUCCUUAUCCCUUUGAUCUACUGCAUGCAUCCAGACUGUGUCAUUCAGUUAGAAAAAGAGAAGUGCAUGGAAAGGAUGGUCAUGGAUGACCCCAGCAGUGAACCUGAAUUAGUCUGCCGAUGGAUGUGGGACAACCUUACAUGCUGGCAGCCAGCAAAAAUUGGUCAAGUGGUUUGGAUGCCCUGUCCUGAGCUAUUUGAAGUCAUGAGUGAAGAAAAUGAUGAGUUUGGAAAGGUGAGUCGUAACUGCACUGAGGAUGGCUGGUCGGAGAUGUUCCCUCACUACGUUGAUGUUUGCCCUUUUAAUGAAAAUGGAACAGGUCCAGACAUGUACUAUGUGUCUGUAAAGGCUCUGUACACAGUGGGCUACAGCACCUCGCUGGUGUCUCUCACCACUGCCAUGGUCAUUCUCUGCAGGUUCAGAAAGCUACAUUGCACCAGGAAUUUCAUUCAUAUGAACUUGUUUGUGUCCUUCAUCCUGAGGGCCGUCUCAGUCUUCAUUAAAGACGGCAUUUUAUAUGCAGAGGAGGACAGCAACCAUUGCUUUACACACACCGUGGAGUGUAAGGCGGUGAUGGUAUUUUUUCAUUAUUGUGUUUUGUCAAACUACUUUUGGCUGUUCAUCGAGGGCUUAUAUCUCUUUACUCUGCUUGUCGAGACGUUCUUUCCUGAGAAAAGAUACUUCUACUGGUACACCAUUAUUGGAUGGGGUACUCCAACAAUAUGUGUGGCGGUCUGGGCUGUCUUAAGAGCUCAUUUUGAUAACAUUGGUUGCUGGGAUAUUAAUGACAAUGCUGCCAUCUGGUGGGUGAUCAAGGGUCCUGUUCUCGCUUCUAUCAUGAUCAACUUUAUACUCUUUAUUGGCAUCAUUAUAAUCCUGGUGCAGAAGCUGCAGUCUCCCGAUAUUGGAGGGAAUGAGUCCAGCAUUUAUCUGCGUCUGGCCCGCUCCACUCUUCUCCUCAUUCCCCUAUUUGGAAUCCACUAUACCAUAUUUGCGUUCACGCCAGAAGAUGUCAGCAAGAGAGAAAGACUCGUGUUUGAACUUGGUCUUGGUUCUUUUCAGGGUUUUGUUGUAGCUGUUCUUUACUGCUUUCUCAAUGGAGAGGUGCAGUCGGAAAUCAAGCGAAAAUGGCGCAGCUGGACGGUGAACCGCUAUUUUGCCGUGGACAUGAAGCACAGGCAUCCGUCCCUGGCGAGCAGUGGCGUGAAUGGGGGCACGCAGCUCUCAAUCCUCAGCAAGAGCAGCUCACAGAUCCGCAUGUCCAGCCUGCAGGCUGAAACACCAGCCACAUGAAGACUGAAGACCAAACUCCUCAGAACUAGAGCUACACAAUAAUCUACAUCAACAUCCAAGUCCUGUUUCAUCUUCUUUAAAGUCUGUAUUGUGUCAGUUGAAGCUGUAAUAUCUGUCAACCGUCCAUAGAUGACAGGCUUUUGCUAUGGUACUCUGAGGAGCUCACAGCCAAUGAUCUAUUGUGUGCCAAGCAAACACGGAUGCUUCUGAUAUGGUCGUAUUGGAUUUGAUCUGAACUGAAAGGAAUUACAGGCCAAGGGGAGGUAAUGAGUCCAUAGCUAUUCAGUGUUAGGAGUGUUUCCAUCCAGCAAGCUGAAGGUCUUGUAUGAGAUGGAUACAUUUGUACAUAUCAAUAUUACAAGAGUCUCUCAUGUUUUCUUUUCACUGUCUGCGAAGAUUUGUGACAGUUCGAGAUUCUCAGUAUUUCAUUGACAAAAAAAUAUAUCAGUUGAACAGGAUGACGACAGUCACCGGUGUUAUCAUAAUGGGAUGUGCGACAUGAAAAAGUCAUUUUUUGAAGAAGGAACCACAGGAGCUUAAUCAGUAACUGAGUCCCAGUUCCCAAUACUAAUUUAAUAUGUAAAUAAUUUCAUAAGUUGUAACUGUAAAAUGAAGGAUUGCAAGAAAAAAAAAAAAAAAAAAAAAAAUCAAGUUUAAAGACAAACGAUGACACACUUUAUUUGGUGGACAUGCUUUGUGGACGGUUCUUGGGCAGUGUUGAAAUCUUUUACACAGUCAUGUGACUUAUUUCCAAAACGAACAUUUGCAAAGCAGAACUGGCAUUUAAAACCUCCUUAAAACAGUAUCUCAACUUGUUUUCAUGAGUGGAUUCCACUUGUACUUCAUGUGCUUCUAUUUUUUUAACAGCCGCUAUACAGAAAAUGUCAGUUAGAAUAUAACAAUGCAACAAAGCUCAAAUAUUAAAAUAUAACUGGGUAAUAUGGGGGGGAUAUGACAAAACUAUACCCACAUCUCCCCACUUCUCUGACUAUUAGCUGUCAUAGAGUGAAUUUACAGCAAAUAAUUAUGAAUCUUUACACUCAUAUCAAUGAAUAAAUUCAUUUUUACUUUUUAUGCUAAAUUUCUCUUACAUUACUGUUUGAAAGUGGAUAAUUGUCUUAUAGCUUUUCUGACGCAUAAUAUAUUUUGCUCAUUUUGUAAUUUAAUGUCAUAAACGCAUUUGCAAAUAGAGCACUUGUAAGAUUCCAAAGAUUAAUUUUUGGAUAUUUGACCCCUUAAGACGUCAUUUGCUGUACUAGUUUGCAGUUUUUUGCAACUGAUGUCACUGCAUAUGAAGAUGUUUUUUUUUCUUCUUCAAAGUGCCUUUUUGUUGCACAAAAGAGACAAUUGUUUGGUUUUAAAACAGCAAACUGCAACAUAUAAUUUCAUCCCUCUGUGAAAGUGCUUUUAUUAUGCUUCAGCAAACCAAGAGGCCUUCAGAGAAUUCAAGCUAGCUUUUUUCCCCCCUUUGGCAUAACUUUCUAUGGGCCUUCUAUUUUCUUUUUGUAAUGCUAAAAAACAAAAGUUCGUGUCAUGUUAUUUUGAUAUGAAAAACCAGUUCCAAAAACUGAGAAAAGCUGAUUUGGAGAAUUUGGGAAAGAAACAAACAUCUUGCAUACAUGAUCAUGAUACAUUAGUUUUUCUCCCCAAUGUAAGAAACUGUUUACAUUUAUAUAUUCUCCCUUUGUGAAGCAUUUUUAUUGGUGUUUAAACAGAUCUAUUACAAAAGAAUUCCUUGUUUUUCAAAUAAUAACUGCAAAAAGAAAAUGCACACAAGGUCAAAAAUAAUUUAAUGUUUUAUAUGAUCAAUAUUUAUUAUAUAUAACAAUAUACUGUAUUAUAGAUUAUAAUUAUUAAGCAUUUGAAUUUGACUAAGUGGAAAUUAGUGUUUACAAUUAUUAUUAUUAUUAUUAUUAUUAUUUAAAUGUGAAUUCUAACCUGACAUAAUUUAGGUCUAGGUGGGAUCUUUUUCUAAGAUGGAAUGACUUUGAUUCCAAUAAAUGUAUAUGGCAAAGAAUUGUGAGUAGCCAACAAUAAACAAUUUACUAAUAAUUGUUUAAAAAUCUUUAUAUUCAAUUUAAACACCGUAAAAUGUUUAAACACUGUCUCUUUAAAAGGUACACUAUGUAACUUUUAACAAAACUGCAUGCAAUUUGCGGAAGAACAUUGUUUUGGUUGUGCUCCGGCUCUGUGCGGAUGAAUAUGACCCUUCACAAUAGAUAAUGCUUUAAAAUGAACUCUGUUAGAGAGCUACAUAUGGCAAUUUAUCUGUUCAAUAAAAUACCUUACCCACCUGUAAUAAAAACGCCAUCUUAGAGUCGGUUUUACAUUUCAAAUUCCCUAGUUCAUCUCUGAAAAGCAAAGCCAAUGUUGAUUCUUGUUUUAUUACAAGCUCUGUCGCAUUCUCUUUUUGCCAACAGACUCCUGUUAAGCGGUUAGUAGUAGUGCUGUCAAAAGUACUGACCAUCAUACUGAAAUUUUAAAAAUAUGACACUUUAAGCGUUGUUGAGCAGAUUCGUAAACACCUCUGAUUGGCCAUUGUGUUCACACGCUCAUCAGAUGUCUGUGAUUGGCUACAAUGAUCAACGCUUCAAAAACAUGUUGUAAAUAGACAUCAAUGACGCUCUUCACCGAGCACACAGAUACACACGGGAGCGUUUGAAAGCAGGUGUCUAUCAGUGGACCGGUCAGCUGAUAGACGCCUGCUUUCAAACGCUCCUGCUCCCACUUUCAAAGUGCUUUCAAAUCGCUUUCAAAUUCAAACACUUACAUGUGCUUUCAAAUGCUCCCAUGGGUUAAUAAUUGUAGCCAAUCACAGAAACAUCUGAUGAGUGCGUGAACACAAAGGCCAAUCAGAGGUGUUUACGAAUCCGCUCAACAGCGCUCUAAGCAUCAUUUUUUUAAAAAUUUCAGUACCGACUUGGUAUCGCGGUCUGUACUUUUGACAACACUAGUUCGAAGUUCAGCGUGCUCGAUAUCACUUAUAAUAAGCUUACCAUGGUAAGACAAAAACACAUUUUGGAAGAAGAAUUGAUGAUGUAUUGACUAAAAUUUUGUUAAGUUUGAAAAAAUGUUACAUGGUGUACCUUUAAUUCAGUGACAUGAUCAGUGUGUGUUAGCAUUACACUCUACUCAAUGUGACAGCACUGAGCAAACAAGCUUUAGCAAUACUGUACAUUGUGGACACUUUAAAGCAGAGAAAUUAUUUGUAAUAUUUUUUAGUGUAAAUGUCAAAAUAACUAAAUAGCGUGUCAUUUCACAGAACGUAGGCUACGCAGAAGUUUGAUUUUAAAAUUGAGAAUUCUGCAUUUAGUUUUCAGUUGAAUUGCUACUAAAGAGCUCUUGCUGAUAAUGUUGUUUAAAUGUGUCGUUCGCAGCAUCGCUGCAUAUUCCUUUUAAACGAUGCAUGCAUUUCCUGUGAUCUAGUGUCUGCUAAAGCAUACAAAGAAAGUGGGUGGCUUAUUAUACUGAUGUACAGCAAUAUUGUCAUUUCAAGAGAAUACCACAAUGACAAAAAUAAGUGAGUCUUACUGUACCUAUAGGGCCAACAAGCAUGUGCACUUUCUUGAAAACACAUCAUGACUAUUUUUAAUAUAUCCUGUUAAUUAUUACAGUGAUUUUUGUAUAAUAUAUUAAGACCAUUUUAAAUGGCAUACUUUGCUCUAACAGCUCUCUAAUACCUCUCAUUUACAGUAGUGGGAUUGCAGUGCUGGCACAGAUUCUCCACAAACUUACCCAGAACUAGAAAAUCUGCACAUUUUAUACCUCUUACAACAUUCAACAGAAUCUAUUGACCUUUCAGCACAUGUGCCUGCAAAUACAACUGCAGAUUUCCACUACUGAUGACCAGAAUAUACAUAAAAACAGGCUGAUGGGAAAUGAAGUAAACUGUCAGUGUUACACGGGUAUAGAGAUGAAAAUCUGUGGGGUUUUAUAUUUUACGACAGAAAUUGCAUUCGAUUUUUUUUUCUUUCUUGUAGAUUCAAAUUGUGUGACAAUGUAUGAUAACUAAUACUGUAGGUAGAAUAAGCUAUGGAUUUAGAUGUAAUAUAUAAAAUGUUGUUUUAAGAGAUUUGACUUGUAAUGGAGGGGUAUAGUACACUUAAUGUCACUUCACACAAACUACAUGUGGAAACUUUGAGCGUUUCUUACUUUAAACUCAAACAUAUCACAGAAAAGAGAAAUACAGUAUUUAGAAUACUAACAUUAAAGUGGUUUUGGAGAUUUGUAAUGACAGUAGAUUUAUUGAAUGUUCUAGAUGAUGUUAAAUGCAGCUAAACUUGCUUUUGUGGACAGUUGCUUACUUUUUAUGCUUUUCUUUUUCAUUGUGCAUAUUUUAUGUCACUGAUUGUGAUGUAAAAUUGUUUUGUUGGAUGUAUGGUCAAUUUUUUGUACAUUGAUUUUAAAACAUCAUUAAAUGUUUUUGACAAGUAAA